GAAACAUUGUCCUUCAAUUUAGCAGCAUAGGGACUGGCCAGUAAUACCUGAUAUGAUUUCUUCCAAUGUGGUUGGAGGGACUGUUUUAUUUAAUGUCAUUUCCAAUAAAAGUUCUAGGUUGGCAGUCAUGACUGUUGACAUCUGCAUCUUCUGGGAGCUCACUGUUAAAAAUCCUUAAUUAAUUUAGAUUUUUAAAAAUGAGAAGCUUUCUAAGGCUUUUGCAAUAAUGUAGACUAUUGUUUUAAAAAGAACUGGGUUGUAGGCUACUUCAUCCAGGUCCAUGGGCCUUCUCCUUAUUAUUUUAAAGAGGGGAAGCUGAUGUUUUCCAAAUAUGGUAGAAGGUAAGUUAAACAAUAUCAAGCGAAGGGGCUUAUGCCUGGGAAGGUGGGAAGUUUCUGUAAACUUUGCCAAUUGAUUUUAUUUAUUAUUACAUUUGUGCAUUCUACCACUUCAGUAUGCACAAUGGAAAUGCUUAAAAAAAAAAAAAGGCCAUAUAUUACAAAUAUAUUUAAUUAUUUCACUAGUGAAAGGGGUUUCUUGAUUUUUGUGAAGCUCAGAAAAAUCUUCCCAAGGUGGAAUACAAGACUUAAAAUGGUCAUAGUUAAAAAUGAGAGCUGCUCCUGAGGGAAGGGGCCUAAUCUUAUGAUUGCUAAGGCCCCAAGCCAGGCUUUCUCCAUCCCUAUCUGCUAGCCUGAUUUCUCUGAGGGUUGAGGCAUGCACCCUCCCUAUUUACUCCCUGGAACUCCACAACACUCUCCCCUUUGCCUAGUCCACAUGUGAUCCCUCUCCCUCUGAGACCAGCUCUGGAAAUACCCCACAGGUUGUGUGCCUUAUCCGCCGCAUCUCCAUGUGACUCUGGCGGGUAGGGGAUCUUUAAUCAUGCACCCCUGUUCUCAACUGUACCCCAGGGUGAGAUAGAUAGGCCUGUCUUUCUGCAGAGGUCUCUGCCAGGAGCAUACUCACAAGCAGCAGCUCACAAGUCUCUUGGAUCAAGCGGCACUUCCUAUACUAGUGAGUGGUAGGAGUGGCUAGUUCUCUGAUUCAGGAAACAUACCUGAAACGUUCGGUUGCAUGGGAACCAGUGCCUAAGCCAAUUCAGUCCAAGUGCCACUGCCUUCUCCAAUGUGGCAGUUCUCCAGCCAUGUUGGGGGAUGGGCUUCUCUGUGCCCCUCCACAGCCUCCCAUUGGAUAUGGCCACAAGGGCUCUCUUGCCACCCCACCUAGGAACUACAACGUCUCCGCCUCCCCACCCCACUCUCCCACCCGGUAGGCACCAUGUGCAGCCUGCUUGUGUGUGCCUGCAGCCGGUGAUCCCACCAAUCGCCUGUGGGCAGGAAGAUCACAGAUGGGGCUGGCCUGCAGGCUCAGCUGGGAACGACCCCUUUGCGGUGGAGCAGGCCUCUCAGGACAGCUUUCUAGCCGAUGCUGUUGUGGGGGCGCAGUCUUCCUGCACCGGCUUUGUGUCGGGCACGGGUCCUGCCUAGCUGUCUGUCCUGCUGCGGGCGGUCCGGCAAAGGGAGCCGUGGAUCCGCCCCAGGCCGGUUGGCAGGGCCUGGCCGGUCCCCCAGAGACGGGCCUCCAGCGCAGAGCACUUUUGUGAUUGCUACAGAGGGGAAGGGACUGUCCUUACAAGCCAGCACGAACCAAAAUUAGUUUCUGGGAUGCCAGGAAUGGAGGAGGCGCAAAGGAGAGAGCGUCCAGAUGCAAGAAUGCGGCUCUCUUGUCCCUCGUGGCACCCUCCUGCAAAAUGAGAGGCCUGUGUUCUGCUGCUGGCCGGGAGGGAGUCCCUUACCCUUUGCCUGGGCUCCGGGCCUGGCUGGAUUUGGUCUGUGCCAAAUUUGGUCUUUCUCUGUCCUCCUCUCUCUCAGCCGUGUAGCUCCCUCAGUGGGGUUCCCGGGCUUCUCUGCUGUCUCUCCCCGUGGUCCACAUCUGAGCCUGAUUGUUUUCCGCUCUCCCCAGUCUAGCCCUCUACCCUUCAGCCGCAAAGGUCUGGCGAGCCGUUUCUCUGGCGGGCUGUCCUGGCAGUUGUACUGCUCAUAAGUUUUUAAAACAGAAAAGCAGAUACAAGGAAUAUAUAUUUGGGGCCAUUUUUUUUUUCUCAUUAAAACCUCUAGAUGCUAGAAGCAUCCCACCCAGCAACCUGUUUUUCAUUCCUGCAGAUCCAGUAGUUGCUCCAUAAGUUAUAAAAAGGUAAAUAGUAACACAGCAAUGAAAAAUUCCUCUGAACUACACCCCAGCCUUUUCUGUAUCACUCCUAUCUGUCUGUAUUGAACUUUUAUUUUGUAUAUUUUCUUCUUAAAAUGACUGAUAGGGAAAAAGAAGAGAAAUAGAAAAACUGGGACUUUCAUUUGAAUCCUGCUUGGAAUUUGGAGACACUUAGUACCUGACUCCCAGGGACUGUUGACAUUCAGGGACGUGGCCAUAGAAUUCUCUCCAGAGGAGUGGGAAUACCUGGACCCUGCUCAGCAGGAUUUGUAUAGGGAUGUGAUGUUAGAGAACUACAGAAACCUGGUCUCUUUGGUAGAACUUGCCAUCUCUAAGCUGGACCUGGUCACCUUUUUGAAACAAAUGGAAGAACCCUGGAAUGUGAAGAGAGAGGAGACAGUAGCCAAACAUGCAGCACUACAUACUAAAGGAAGAAAUGAGCAGUCUUUGGAAAGCCCCAGGGAAGCCCAUGAUGUUGGGUAUAGAAUUGGAUUAAAUACUCAGUCAAAUAUUUUUGAAGACCAGAGAUUUAAAAUUGAAGAGGAUAUUUCUAAAUGUGAUCAAUUUGAUGGGUCCUUUGUAAAAAGUUUAGUAUUCUUCCACCAACAGAUAAUACCAUUUUGUGCCAGAAUCUACAACUGUGAUCCGUAUUGUAAGGAUUCUACCCAAUCAUCAUUGCUUAAUCAAUAUCAGGGAAUAGAUAUUUGGGAAAAACAUUACAUAUCCAAUAAAACUUUGAUGUCCUUUAUCCAGGAUUCAUCCCUAAAUAAUUACCAAGAUAUUUAUAUUAAUAAGAGAAAUUAUCAAUGCAGUGAAUCUGAAAUAACCUUGAACCAAGACUCUUGCUCAAGAAAAUAUCAGAAAUCUCAACAUCCAGAUAUCCAGAACAAAUAUAAAAAAUGUGAGAAAGUCUUUAAUCAAGCAUUAAAGCUUAUUAGCAAUGAGAAUACCCACAUUCAAGAGUAUUCUCACAAAUGUGAUGAAUGUAUAGAAUCUUUUACCCAGUCAGGGAAACAUUCUGAAAAUCAGGAAGUUAAUAUUAGAGAAAACUCAUACAGAUUUAAUAAACAUGAGGAGGUUAUUAGUCAGUCAUCCAAUCUAAGAAAACAUAACAUAAUCCAUACUGAAAAAAACCUUUGCAAAUGUAAAGAAUGUGGCAAAAUCUUUGACCAGAGUUCACAGUUUCAACAUUAUCAGAAAAUUUAUACUGGGGAUAAACCUUACAAAUGUAAAGGAGGUAGUAAAGUCUUUACUUGUUCCUCAAAUCUUACUGUGUAUCAAAAAAUUCAUAGUGGAGAAAAACGCUAUAAAUGUAAAGAGUGUGGCAAAGCCUUUAACCAUAAUUCAACCCUUACUCAACAUCAGAGAAUUCAUUCUGGAGAAAAACCCUACAAAUGUAAUGAAUGCAGCAAAACCUUUAAUCAGCUAGGAAGCCUUAGACAACAUCAGCAAAUUCAUACUGGAAUAAAACCCUACAAAUGUGAAGAAUGUGGCAUAUCCUUUACUCAGUUGGGAAACCUUAGACAACAUCAGCGAAUUCAUACUGGAGUGAAACCCCACAGAUGUGAAGAAUGUGGCAUAUCCUUCACUCAAUUGGGAAGCCUUAGACAACAUCAGCAAAUUCAUACUGGAGUAAAACCCUACAAAUGUGGAGAAUGUGGCAUAUCAUUUACUCAGUUGGGAAGCCUGAGGCAACAUCAGCGAAUUCAUACUGGAGUGAAACCCUAUAAAUGUGAAGAAUGUGGCAUAUCCUUUACUAAGUUUUCAAUACUUAGACAACAUCAGAGAAUUCAUACUGGAGAAAAACCAUACAAAUGUGAACAGUGUGGAAAAGCCUUUAACUGUAGUUCAAACCUUGCUCAACAUCAAAGGAUUCAUACUGGAUUAAAACCCCACAGAUGUGAAGAAUGUGGCAUAUCCUUUACUCAGCUGGGAAGCCUUAGACUACAUCAGCAAAUUCAUACUGGAGUGAAACCCUACAAAUGUGAAGAAUGUGGCAUGUCCUUUACUCAGUUGGGAAGCCUUAGACAACAUCAGCGGAUUCAUACUGGAGUGAAACCCUACAAAUGUGAAGAAUGUGGCAUAUCCUUUACUAGGUUUUCAAUACUUAGACAACAUCAGAGAAUUCAUACUGGAGAAAAACCUUACAAAUGCGAAGAAUGUGGCAAAGCCUUCAACUGUAGUUCCAGCCUUACUCAACAUCAGAGAAUUCAUACUGGAUUGAAACCCUACAAAUGUAAAGAAUGUGGCAAAGCCUUUAACCGUAGUUCACACCUUACUCAACAUCAGAGAAUUCAUAACGGAGUGAAACCAUACAAAUGUAAUGAAUGUGGCAAAGCCUUUAACUGUAGUUCACACCUUACUCGACAUCAGAUAGUUCAUACUGGAGAAAAACCUUAUAAAUGUAAAGAAUGUGGUAAAUCCUUUACCCAGUCUUCAGGCCUUAAACUACAUCAGCGAAUUCAUACUGGAGUGAAACCCUACAAAUGUGAAGAAUGUGGCAUAUCCUUUACGAGGUUUUCAAUACUUUCUCAACAUCAGAGAAUUCAUACUGGAUUGAAACCCUACAAAUGUAAAGAAUGUGACAAAAUCUUUUCCUGUAAUUCACAGCUUACUCAACAUCAGAAAAUUCAUACUACAGAAACCCUAUAGAUGUAAUACAUGUCAAAACAGUUUUACCUAAAAUAUAGAACUUAGAAAUCACCAUAGAGUUCAUUGGAAAAGAAACUUUACAUAUGUAAUAAGUAUGGGGAAGUAUAUAAUAGAACUUUUAAGUCUUUGUGCAUCAGCAGAUUCACAUAAGUAAAUACUAAAGCACACUUUCAGAUUUUAUACUAAGUAUUUAUUGUGGAGAACAAUGCAAAGUCAAAGCAAUUAGGUAAUUUAUUUGAUUAUGUUUUUCAAAAGGGCAAGAACAUUGAUGUUUGGGUGAAUAUAAUUAUGUUCAGUGGCUACUUUAUGUUGAAAGUACCUGAGAUUUUUCAAAAGUAAAUAUUGAUGUAAUUCAGUUCUCAAAUUACUUGAUGCUGUACUUUAAUCCCUAGUGUUUAUGGAAAAAUAUGAGUUCUCUUAUUUCUCCAUAAGAGCGAUGAGAGGCCAUUCAGUGUUAGGUGAAUAUUAUUAUCAGUUUUCCCUUGAAAGUUUAAUGGCAAAAGUAAAAUGCACUAGGAAAAUCUAAAGGAAGAUGAUUUUUGUGCUUAAAUUAUAAAACAAUGAUGCAUGCCAUCAUACAGUACGUGUCCAGGGCAUUUUUCUUCCAUAUUAAAGUAAGAGAAACAUUCUGAAUUUUCAACAUAAAUCAUUUUACUAAUUGCUUCCUAUGAUCUUUAUAGUAGAAUGAAAUAGAAGUCUUGAGUAUUAUUUGAUGUUCGAGAGGACACAGAAAUCUUGAGUGUUAUUUGAUAUGAUAGAAAUAAAAACAUCUUCACAGAUAAUCAGGAAAGAAAAGAUAACUCCUGUUUGAAAGAUUGUGUAUGUAUUCAAAUCAAUGUGCACUAAAUAGCCUCAGUUUUUUAAAUUAAAGCACAAGCCUAAAAUUUCUGUAUUAGACAAAAAGUAAUGCUUUUUGACUGCUUGUGACCAGGAACAUAUAGUGAGUUUUAAAAUGCUUUAUUUGGGGUAUUGGUUAAUUAAUUUGUUUUGAGUAAUGAAACUAAAUGGUUUUUAAUGUUUUGACAUUAAGGUACAGUGAAAGAAAUGUUAUCUUGCCACCAAUGUUAAACUAUCUUAUCUUGUCCAAGAUUAUAGUUAACAGAUGAAAAUAAUGUAUUAUUGGCUAACACAGUAGAAUGCCUUUUCUAGUAAUUUCUUCCUGAGGACCUAAAGUUCCAAUAAUUUGGAGAAUUUUGUUCUCAUGUUUACUAUUUUGUAUGUUUUUCUCUUUUUUGUAACUAUGGAAUUAUUGUGAUGGCUAUAAUAAAAAUUAUAUGGGAGUAUAAUUUAAAUCCAUAGGUUUAAAUCCUAAAUCACUAUUCACUAUCACUAAAUCACUAUAAAAUUUUACCUAAAAUU